AUGGCAUUGGCAUUUCGAAGCCGCGAAAUUGGUGUUAAAGAUACAAGUCACGCGGCAAACGUACCUGAUAACCCUAAAGCACGUUUGAUGUACUACGUUGGCUGUGUUGAAGGUGUAAGUAUGCCUUAAAAUACGGUCGCAUGAUGUAGUUUCACUUUGUGUGGCUCUUUUCAUUCCUCAUCAACGCAACCCAUUCCUUUAGCCGCCUUUGCUUUGCAUGUUACCCUUCUAGUGUCAGUUCAGUGACGCUCCGAGAGUCCGGCGUCCACGGCGCCUUUCGCUUCUGAGUCUGUCAAUGAAAAUGUCAUGAAAAAAGUCCAGUCAACGUUCUACUGAAGAUUGUGGGUUCUCCAUGAACAAGCUUUCGUUGGUAGGGAUGCAAUACCUGAAAAUAUAAGAAGAAUUUCGACGUUUCGAGCGAAGGCCCUUCGUCUGGAGUUACCAUAGCUUGGCUUAGUCUAACCCAAUCCAUCGUAGCUGUGCUAUAGCUUUCGACUCCAUCAUGUUUUCAGAUUGUUAUACAGUCAGUUCUUAGUCACAAAUUAUACAUGUAUAGUGUGUAUCAGAGAAAAUAGGCAUAGCAAUUGCAUGGCACCACAGACAGUCGAGGAGAAUGUAUCUCCAAUUGCCAUUGGCAUUGUUUUGCGCGUUACCGCGCGUACCUGUGAUACGACCUCUAAAGUUCUGCAGUCACAAUCAUAUAUAUACUGAAUGAAUUAAUGAAUUAAUCGUUUCGUAGCUUCCAAUGUGUCAAUCAGCUUUUUAUAAUCUUAUAACAAACUAAACAUUUCAAUACAGUGUUCAUGUCGCGACGUUUUGCUUCGACAAGUUUUAAGAAAGGCUGAAUUGCACGCAUCAUUAUAUCAUGGCAGUCUCGGCUAUUUUUGCUCAGACUCAGUAAUAUAAAGUGAGACACACACAUUUAACGAUAGUUUCGUGAAUCUGUUCUCGGAGUCCAGAGAAUUCACCCAACUACCGAAAAGAAUUGAGAAUAGUUUAAUUAACAAAGCGAUCUGAUGUUGUACAGAAUUAACAAAUCGCGAGUUAUAUUAUAUGACAUAUAAUUAUAUAGGGUUAGACUAUGGCAAUCAAUUUUGAAUGAUUAAAAUAGAUUGUCUUCUCUUGUUAUAUAUUUAGGUUCUUAAGUCGAGUACAGAACACGUAGGUCCGAAAUAUAUGGACUACAACAAUUACUACCUGAGCGACGACGAGACCCGCACAUUGAUUAGCUUUUGCGAAACAUUUUCUCCCUCAUUUCUGGAAGACAAGUGUUUCUUUCGCAGUCCUGAGUUGUGUCAAGGUAAACCCAAUCGCUUUCUCGAGCUUUCAUCAAAAGAAUUGACGUUUGCAACCGCCCGAAGUGUUGUGGUGAUGGGAAAAGAAGCUUUUGUGGCCAAGAUCAUGGUUUACAAUGAUACAUGGAGAAGAUAUUAUUAUGAUGAUCCUUUGUAUGAAGUGAAGAGAAGUCUCAGACCUCCCUCGCCAACCUACACCACAAGACGCCGAAGUAAUAGCUGCAUUAUUAUAUAA